UUAGAGAUGAAGUUUGCUGGCUUCAUUCACUGCAAAUGCUGUCUCUUUUAUAGAAAGGACUUGGAGCUGAUGAAGAAAUCUCAAGGGGGAAAACAAAAUGGCAAAAUAAUUCAGCAGGGGUACAUGGUAAUAAUAACAAAAUAAGAACAAUCCAACUAUUCAGAAGAGGACAGAGGAGAGGAGACAGAAGGGAACAUUUAAAACUCAGAGGAGGAACAACAUGUGACUGUCAGAGAACAGAACAUCAGGACUGCCAUCUCUCUUAUAAAUUUGGUUCAGUUUGUUACCAUUUUACAGUUUCAUUUUGGGCCAGCUGUGUGUCCUGUCUUUACGUCAGGAAGACAUUUGUUUCUGACUUUGUGUGCUGAUGCAGGUCAGCAGCAUGGCUCAGCUUUGCCUGUGUGUCUGUAUAUGCAUGAGUGUGUGGCUCCACACUUCCCUCGGGUUGCCACCCCAACACCGUGGGUGGCUGCGGCUGUGGGAGGAGGGCGAGGGCUGCAGGGAGUGCAACCAGCACCUCUGCCCCCCAGUCCCCGACGAUUGCCCUGCAGGUCGGGUGCAGGACGACUGUGGAUGCUGUGAACAGUGUGCUAACGUGGAGGGGCAGCAGUGUGACCCGGAUGGGGCUCAGAAGUUCUACGGCCGCUGUGGAGAGGGCCUGGUCUGCCAGAGGAAAAUGCCAAAGGGGGGACACAGGACUGAGCCAGAACCUACAUGUGUGUGUCAAGAAAAGGGCCCUGUAUGUGGCUCAGAUGGGUGGACCUACCCAAAUGUUUGCCAGAUGAGAGAGGCCGCCAGCCGCCAUAACACAACCCUCAAGCUCACUGAAAGAGGACCCUGCCACUCUGCUCCCCGUAUCCUUCGAGGCCCCAGCAACCUGUCCAACUACACCGGGAACGACAUCGUGUUUGGCUGCGAGGUCUCAGCCUUCCCUCUUCCAUACCUGAGCUGGAGGAAGACAGGGAGUGACAACUUUCUGCCAGGAGAUGAUCCUCACAUCUCUGUCCAGGCUCGAGGCGGUCCCCUGCGCUACACAGUCUCUACUUGGCUUCAGAUACAGGGCCUCCAUGUCUCUGAUGCAGGGGUCUACUCUUGCAUCUCCCACAAUGCCUUGGGAGAAACGUCUGCAUCAGCACAGCUCACAGUGUUUAGACAGGUGGUGAAGGUGAUGAAAGGCCAUGGUGAGGAGGAACAGGAGCACUUUGAUCAUCUGGAAGAAGGCAGGGAUGAUGGACAGCUGGCAUCUGGAGAUUACCUGGGAUUAAUUUAAAUCUGUUUAUGUAACCAGACAACAAGGAUGCCUGAGGAAAAGAAAAUCUUUAAACUAACAUAAAGGAUCAGCUAACAUAUUUUAAAUUAAAGGGCAUGAUGUUUGUCAGUCACAGCUCACUCGUAGGUUGUAAGAGGAAUAGAUAUCUCUUCAUUAUAAUUAAACAUCACAUCUGCUUCUAUUCACCUUACUGUACCAUGGCACACAAAUAAAUCACUCUUGUUAAUUUCUGUGUAGAGGUUACGGAAUGUGUAUGAUGUGAUUAUAAUAAACUGAAUAAUAAUAACAACAACCCCUUGAACACUGGCAUACUCCUCAAAUUUCAACAUUAUCAUAAACCAUAAAGCCACCAAAAGAGCAAUAAUGAGUUUGACAUAACUGAUAGGCUACAUGUUACAAUUACAAACUUCUAUCACUUCCUCCUGCUUUCACCACUCCACUCAGAAAACCUAGGGUACAGUACAUUCGUUCACUGAAAAAAAAAAUGAAAAGAUGGCUGGGUGAGAGAGGGUGUGACCAUCCACAGGGUCUCCGUCUGAUUCUCUUCAUCUCUCUCCACCUGAGUGCCAGUUAAUCCUCCCCUCAUCCCUCGACUCCCAGCUAGAUACACCGGCUCCUUCUGAAUGGCAAGCUGCAUUAACGCAGAGGAACUUUCCCCCCGCUGUCUGUUAGUCAAAGCUGAUUGGAGAUUAUAGGCCUGCGGCAAAAACACAGCCCUCCAUCUCAUCUCAAAUCACUUUCCACCCCUUUCUCUCCUUUAUCUCUCCUUCCUCACUUCAUUUCUUUAUCUUCUUAAUCCCAGCUCUCCUCCUUUUCAAUGUCAUCAACUUUCGCUUGCCACUACAUUUUUGCCCCUAUUCAGUGCUCUUUUUUUGACAGCUGAAUGACAAGAAAGAUGAGGAGGAGGAAGAGGGAGAGAGAAAAAAAGCUUCCCCUCCUGAGUGGAGCCAGAAUGAUGUCAUGGGGGCAUUUGUCCUCCUGGUGUGGAGGCUUCCCUUCCCCUGCUAAUUACCUUGUACAAACUCGAAUCUGAUAUGGCGGAUAUGAGGCCCAAAUACAAUUAUUGUGGGCUAACAAAGAGAUAUUGAGAUUCAGGGAAUGAGGGAGAGACUGCAAGUGAGAUAGAAGGAAAGGCACGCGCACGGCCAUGCGUGCACACACACUUACAGCAACCACGUGCACGCACACACGCUCGCAUACCCACCCACACACACACAAACACAACCACUUGUCCUUCCCCUCCAUUCCCUCAGAUAGGCUAAUGUUAUUACUGGGGUAAUUAUCCUCAUUAGUGCCAGCAGCUGUAGAGAGCCCAUUGCUUGCUGUUCAAACUCCACCCCGAACCUUUCUAUCUUCACAUCCCUCUUUGUAUUCCCUAAAUCUCAUUUAGAGACUUUGUCUCCAUCCUUUGCCUGCUAGGUGGAGGCGGUUGUAAAAAUAGAGUCCCAUCAAAUAUCUAAUAAGACAGAGUAACCCCUGUUUUCUAACCUGUUAGAGUCCAUUUUGUGGAUGAGGGUUACUAAUGUGUACUGUUCUGUAGCACUGCUCCACAGAAAGCUACAUUAGAGGACUGAACAGUGUGCACAAGUAGGAAAAUGAUUAGAACAAUAUUUAUAAAAUAGUUCAUAAUCUGCUGUCAUAAGACAAGGAUAUGUUAAAAGCGGAUAAAUUGUUAUUUUGAUGAAAAUAACGUUGUCAUUUGCACCUUCCAGGUUUUCUGAGUUGAACAAUUGAACACAAGAUGGCACUGUUUAGUCAAAUAACCACUUUAAUGCUCUCCAGUGACUGCGCUUUUACUUUGACAGCUAGAUCUCUGAACACUGCUCUCUCCUCUGUGUGUUUCAUGUUUUACUUAUUUACCUCCAAAAAAAAAAAAAAAAUUCUUCACAAAAAAAAAUUGCUGUCAUAGUCCUUCCUCCUUGGAUGCAAUGACACUUUCCAAUUAGGAUGGCUAUGAAGAGUUGAGAAUAAUAGUGUUUAAAGAUAUUGCCUGUUUAUUUGUUUGAUGUUUCUAUGAAAGAACCCUGAAAAUGACCCCCUUCAUUCUUUUUAACUUUAUGCUCUUUAUGCUCUGCAUCUUUACACACAAAUUAUGGGAUCAACAACUGAAACAGGCGGCUUUACACGCAGCAUCCCCCAGCUCUGUGAGAUUGCCUUUUGUUUUAUUGCCAGAGGCUUGUGCGGACAGUAGGUAACCUGUAUACUGCUAAGCCCCGCAUCAGGCUCUAAAUGUCAUGCAUAGCCUGUUUUUAUUGGCUGAUAUGGCCUGUUGUGCCCUUCUCCUUUUUCGUUGAAGCCAUUGUUAAAGAGCUGGUUGUUAAUGCUGCUGACCAGAUGGGCUCCUUCUCCCCGUAGGUCUGACUAAGGGUGUUUACCAUGCACUGGGCUGUGGAUAACAGGAGAGACUGCUGCUGGCUUGUCAACCAAUCAGAGAGCAGCAGAUGUCUGGCCUCUGCCUGUAAACCUUUAUUUGGCAUUUGGGGCCUUGUGGGAGUAGGUUUGAUAAUAGCACUGAAUCAAAGUGAAUUCUAGUUUAUAUGGGUUUUUUUUUUUUUUUACAUGAGGCUAUUAUGUGAAAUGGUCAUGCAAGCUAUGGCAAUAAGUCCCCUCACAUAUCCACUCCAUACCCACUGCUGUCAAACCUCCCUGAGCCCCAUAUACUGAAUCAUUUUUUUGUAGUAAGAGACUUUGAAGCUGAAGUAUCUUUUUGUGUGUCUAAUACUUUAGAUGUCAAUCCGCCCAGCUAUUUAAUUUUCCCUUCAUCAUUUCCAGAGAUGUUCCCUCAUCCCUUGUGUGACAAAAUGUUUCCAGCAUUAGCUGAGCAAACAGUGAACAUUCCUUUCCCUUUCCAAAGCAGGUCAUCUCGCAUUACUGCAAUUAUCAUGGCAACAGCAAAGGUAAGGCCACACCUGGGAUUGUUGAGGAGUAGUCUUUUAAAGCUAUGAAUCAAUCUGCCUUAAUGGAUGACCUGUGUCUAGCAUGCAUGUAUGGAUUAGUUUGGCUGGAGCACCUGUCCCUGUUCUGUCAACAGCAGAUCAGGUUACUGGCUACACAUUCACCUGGCUGACACAACUUCCUGUGAUUGACAAUACGCUGGCCUUUGUUCACUGCUGCCCUCACAAUACUGAUGUUGCAUGUAGAAUAAUGAAAGUUGCAGUACAACAAACAGGUGAUUUUAAAAUUCUUUGGAUUUAUGUGUAAAUUUAUGUUUGAAAGAAUUCAGAUCAGUAUGAUUUAAAAUAAACACCAGAUAAAGCUCUCAUUAUAUAGAAAAUCCAGUUUAACACAUCAUAUUUCCCCAUCCACCUAACAUCUUUCAAGAUGUGGCCCUAACAAGGCCUCUCAGGUUGAUUAUGGAGUUAAGCUGCCAGAGCAGCCCACUGAAGCGAGGCUGAGGCUGGGCUUAACAUCCUUCCAAGGACAGCUUGUAUCUAACACCAGACCUGAACUGGGAGACAAAGCUCAGUCAAGAAUUUCCAAGCAUAAGCCAUUUCCCUCUGAUUUCCAGUCAGAAAUUGUUUAUUAUGCAUAUCUGGAGUCAAGUGAUGUUUAGAAGAGAACUGGGAAAUUAGAGUAGCUGACGGGAUAUCAAGCAUGUCUUCUUCACACUAGACAAAUUUUAAUUUUCCUAAUCAGGGUGGAUUUCUCCUCUGAGUUUCUCCGAGCACAAUAUGGGGAGAAUCCCCUUAGAUUCAUGGUAGUUUCAUUCAGAAUUAAAAUCGAAGGAAGCUGAUUGUUUCAAAGAAACGUCACCUAGCCUGGACCUCCUACAGGUAAAGCUUUAAUGCUCCACUUGAGAUCAUUCAGUCAGGAUUCCAGAAAGGGAAAUCUCCACUUAUUUCAUCCAGUUGGCAUAAAGCCCCCUCUGUAUGACCUUAUACUUCUGAUACAGCCUCGCUGCUACUCUGUAUUCACUGUCAUCUCCAUUAUCUCUGAUGAUGAAACGAUUAGCUAGAAACCGUUAUGCUAACCACAAAGCUGGAUGGGUGAUGGAUGGGCCAAGUGAUAGACUCAGGCGGUUGGUUGGGGGGCUUUGUCCUGGAUUUCUGACACCUUCUAUCUUGUGAUCCAUCCAAGCCCCAGAUCCACCCUAGUUACCCCCACCAGCUGUCUCUGACCCCUCAUCAUAGCCCUGCCUCUGCUUGCCAUGUGCUGGGAGUCAAAGGGUUCCCACCUAUCGCUCAUCAGAAUGGAACCCCACCAUCUCCUGCCCCACGCACUAAAUCACAAUCAAUCGCUUGGCAGACAGAGAUGGAUUGGGACAUCCACGACCCUGUACCUUUCGGGGGGGCCCCACACCCUCCAAAGGGCUGCUGUCACUGACAAAUAAUAGAGGUGAUUCUAGGAGGAAUGAGCAGGUCAAGUCUGCCCCUGGAAGGAAGUUAUCACAAUGCAAUGGAGGGAAAUUCUUUUCUCUUUAGGAACAACAGUCACAAUGUUGAAGAGCAUGUCUGACACAAGGACGCGUGGUGGAGAAAGGUUUGCUUUGAUGCAAAAAAAAAAAUGACAUUAUAAUACAAUUUAAAUCUAUUCUGAAUGUAAUUCAGUGCACAUUUUUAAGUGAUGUGGAGAAUCUAUUCUUAUGAGGAAAUAUUGAUUAGUCUUCUAGGGCAUAUCAACAUGUUUUUGCUGCUACUCAAAAGUUCACAAGGGUCUAUCCCUCAAAUACAAAUCUAUUGCCAUAUAAAGCUCAGAUUUGUACAUAAAAUAGAACGUUUAUGUUUAUGGGCUACUGGGAAGGAGAGCUACAGAGCUGUGCUUAGGCAGUGUGUGAUAAUCCAAUUUUGGCUAACCCACGGUGAUAGCACUCUAUUUUAUUUAGACACAUCUCUUACACUUCAACCGUCUCUGUUUCUUUAGCAUGAGCAUUUCAAGAUACAUGCUUGAAAUUAUGCCCCAACGUGUCAGCUCCAUUAAAUGUCAGUCUCUCUAACAAGCUAACCGCUAGCUAGCCAAUAAUAAUUAACAAAAUUCCAAUAAACUAGUUGGGUCACCAAGCAGCAUAAUAUGGAAAGUGUAGUCAUGUAGAAACAGAUCCACAAGUAUGCCUUCUCUCAAUUUUUAUAAAAGAUAUUUUAUUUCAAGAAAGUAUCUUGGCUAAUAGUGGCCAAACAGGUAAGCCAAUGAAGCUAGAUGCUAUGUGGAUUAGCCCUCAUUUUACUGAUUUUACAUGUAUUGUUAUGUGCCUCAAGGUUAUUAAAAUGAGAUGCAUUCGGCAAAUGCUGCUUAAAAACAUACAACGAAUUAAAUUAUAGCUAACAUAAUGAACCCUAAUGAACUAACCAACGCUAACCCUGUAAAAUGGUAUAGUGAACCAUUUAGGGGUGCCAUGUGUACCAAGAUAUAGACCAAAAAACUUUCAAUAUCGAGCCACUUAGAGACAGACAGAGAAUCAUUUAAACUCUGAUACAUGUAUCAGAGUUUAAAUGGCACAGAUGCCUUUUGCACAGUUGAUUGUAUUCAUUCACAUUGGCCUACACUAUCAAUAAGCUGCCUUACUGUAUUUCCACCCGCUUGUCUGCUUUCCCUUUUUCUCCGCUCUUAAAAUAAUAAAAUUCUUGACAUUCUUCCUGACACCAUCAUGUGUUAUAUUUGAAGAGUUGCUGUCUAGUGCUUCCUGAUUUACUUCACAACAGACUGAGUGAUUGCAUCAUUCACAUGAACACUGACAACAAAUAUCAUUCAGACAUGUAAAAGUCUCCACGAUGCCAUAACAAGAUGAUUGGGAGGGAAAGAUCUUAUUCUGCAUUCACUGCCAAGGGCUCAAGGAGGAUCAUUCACAUGUAGAUGUGUCCUUCUGGAAGUGCCUCAGCUAUACAAUUUCCAUUUAGAUAAGGUGUAUACACAAAUACAGAAAGGACAUUGGGUUCUUCAUUUGAUUAACUAAUCAUAGUCUUUGUAAUUCCACUCGGAGACCUUGAAGGGCAGCGUCGGGCUGGGCACCCUGAUUAGCCUAUACAUGAUUGCUGCUGCUGUGGCACAAAUCAGUUCAAGUAACUCAACUCCAUAUACUACACAGUGGCUGUGAUUAAACAGGCGAUUAAGAUAUAGAGAGUUUCUGUCUGUUUAAUCCCUUUUCCCAUUGUCUAAAUAGAUAGCCACAGUGUAGUCCCUGAUCAACAAUAACUGAACACCACAAGAAUUGGACUGAGAGGUGAUUAGGGUCUUUAAAGCUCCCUGGAGUGUGGAUGCAGGUUGUUUGUGAUUAGCUUGAAUUUAAAGGGACAUUGUGUUCUUAUUGCCUCUUGCCGGAGCAGGGAAUUCAUUAUCUGAUGCUUAAGCUGAGUGAAAAAAGGACACACACAGCCUCAGGAGGGAUGUAAUAUCUUUAAGUGAGAAUGGAAUAAUCCACAUUUGUGGCACAAAACAUGCCAAGCGAGGAAGCUUCCGGUUUGCAGCAUGUUGACAAACCAAACAAAACACUCCUCAACCUCACGACUCAAGCCUCAAAGUGCUUUAACCCUCUUCCCACUUCUCUGCUAGCCCUCUUCAUGCUGUGCAGUGGUGUCUGUGUAUCAUCUGAAGGCUGUAUAGAAACUCUACAGCCCCUCUCCAUGACUGAUCUCUUUUGAUAGAGCUCAUUAUGCAAACUGCUCCCAACUCCCACCGCAUAAUUAGUGCUUAAUUAAUUUGAGUGAAAUCUUUCAUCUGUCUGUGUCCGGCCAGCUCCUUCCUUCCAUUUACAACAUGAUAUUAAUUUCAGAGGGGGGUAUGGUAGCCCAGCUGAUGAAAAGGCUGAUAUAAUUAAUCAAGUACUGUAUCUUUUUCCUUCAUUUUCUGCAGGAAUAAUAAUAAGUGUGAUGAGCAGAGUCUGAUUAACCCUAUUAUGCUCCCUAAUUAGGGUGAUCAUUUAAUAAUCAAGGAAGCAGCACAAUUAUAAGAGAAUGCAAAUCAUGCCAUCUAAUGAAGAGUGUGCAAAUUCUGGGAAUUCUUAGUUUGGAAAAUAUGGUAUUCCAAAGUCAAAGGUCAAGAAAAGGGUUUGUCUCUUAAUGUCCAUAUGUUAAGGAUGUACUUACAUAGGCCUACUUGAGCCCCAAAUGUUUCAUAUUUUCACAGACUCCAUCUCUAUGGAUGACAACCACAACAUCAACAGGAAGAAAUGACUAAAACAUGCACUGAAAAAGCCUAAAGCAUGUCACAAGCUAAGACGACUCUUAAGUAAACUCCUGACAUUUAACAAAUAGUUUGACAUUUUGGGAAAUACGCUUAUUCGCCUUCUUGCCGAGCAUUAGAUGAGAAACACUCUUGUGUCUGUAUAGUAAACAUGUAGCUGGAGCCAGCAGAUGGUAAGCUUAGCUUAGCACAAAGACUGGCUCUGUCCAAAGAUCUGUCCAAAAUCUGGCAACCAGCACCUCUAAAACUCACUAAUUAGGGCAUUAUAUUUGGUUUGUCUAAUCCGUCCAAACGCUGAUGUGUAAUAACAACAAGGCGCUUUUAAGCCACUGACAGGGCACCAACUUUUAUUUCCCACCGGCCCUGUGUGUGUUUUAUAGAGCCUGAAGCACUAAGAGGCAGCUGCCACUGUAAACUCAAGGGCAGAAGUUCAGUACCAUGGACAGCAACCAGCCAGUAACUCCCACAGACCUUCCACAUUUAGAGCUAUUGUUUAAAAUAUAACACUGUGAAUAUUAAUUCAAGAAACAGGACAGUUAUGUAAUUAACAUAUAUUUCUACAUGAGUCUAAUGUAUGAAUAAGUGAGAUAAGCUGUGUAGCUCCGUAUGUCAAUAGAUUAAGGAUAUGGCCCAUUAGGUCUGCCAGAGUCCAUCUUUCAUGCUCCUAGAUGAUACAGCUGCUGUCUACGCUUUCAUCAAGAUAAUGGUGAUCUCAUAUAUGGAGUCCAUGAGCAAUGGUCCUGAUUUCAUUUUUCUUACAUGGAGUCAUCAUCAAUAUCAAUACAAUCUUCAGGGAGCCUGUGAGCAACAGAGGAUGGACCUUUUUUUGUCUAUUUGCGUGAGAAAUGCAUUGACUACUAAGCCAAAUGCCUGUCAGUAAGAUCCUUUAUAUGCUGGCUUCUCUCGCUACAGUGUGUAUGCCUCCUCCACUUCUUUGUAUCUGUGAGGUGUGUGCGUGCCUCUGUGUGUCUACAUGAAUGUACCUCAAUUUACUCCUCUUCACCCCCAUAGUGCAGCUGUGCCUCAGAGGACUCUUGUGUAGUAAUUGAAUGAGCCUGGGCAGGGGGAAACCUGUGGCAGCGAAUCUGGUGCCCGCUGGCCUUAUUAUCUGUAAUACGGCAGCCGCUCUGCCUGCACUUUCUCAUCCGCUCAUGAAUACAGAAAUGAUUGUGGUGGACGUCAGAGGUGAACGCAGAGGGGAGAAACAGGCCAGAACCGUUUUAAUCAGCUCCCAGAUAGAACAAUCACUUUAUCCACCUCCACAGCUCAGAGGUGAAUUAGUGUUUAACAUUCCAGGGCAUGCUUUCUGACAGGGGACUCCACCCCAAACAACCAAUGGACUGCAGAGAUUACUGAGAGACACUCUGAUGUUUUUGAUGAGUAAAUUAGAGCUAAACAUGCCCCUGGGACUCCAGCAAC